GUGCCGGUCUCCGGAGCACGCUAAAUUUUUAAACAGUAGCGCUCGUACACACCCACACUCUCCGCUCACUCUAUAUAACUAACCACCUUUACCACACUCCCAACCAACACUUCCACCCAACACCAUUGCUGCUGGGCUUCACCACAACUCGGCCCUACCAACAGUCAAUAUGUCGUCCUUGUUUUCUCUUCAUAGCAGCUAAAUGGUAAACAGCAGUACGAUCAUAGCAAAUACACCAACCAAGAACAAUGGCUUCGCCUAAACCCCCCACCAUACAACUCUUCCUCAAACCGCACUUUUACGCUGGCGAGGCCACCCUCAUCGAUGCCACCGUCAUCUUUCCUCACAACGUAAUCAAUGCCAAAAGUGGCCCUAUUCUAAUCUACGACCUCUUCUACGAAAACGUUCCCUGCUAUGUACACACCGAACGCAGGGUCCGCGGCAUCGACAAGAUGGGCAGCGUGCCCUUUAUCUUUGUCGAUGUCAACAAGUACCGCCAGGACUGGCGCCCCGGCCGAGACAUUGUCGGCGACCUGAAGCUCGAGCUGCAGGUAUUUCCUCGCAAAGUCACCAAGGACACGCCCAUUGGCCCCCGUAUGGAUAUUCGCGCCGAUGGUGGCGGCCUGAUUGGCGCCGGCGCAUACUUUCUGCCCGCCAUAGCGAAAAAGGGCACUUACGAGUUUUCCGUCGAAUGGGAUCUUUCACUCGCUCCACCCGGCACACGAGCUGUCUGGACAUAUGGCGAGGGCCCGAGGCGCCAAACUCAUAUUGGCGACCAGGAUACGCUGAGACAGACGGCCUACAUGGUUGGGCCGAUCAAGUCAUAUCCCGCAGAGCCGAGCACGGACUCCCCGCCUGGGUUUUGCGCAACAUACUGGCUCGGCACGUUGCCGGACAAUCUGUACGCACAGCGUUGUUUUAAUACCGAGCUGUUUGCAAAAUUAUCACAUACGCUUGGAGUCCCGCAGGAUACAUAUCGCGUCUUUAUCCGCAAUGCUGCCACUGGCUACGGUGGCACGAGCUUCUCUCAAAGCUAUGUGCUAGACUACGAUGAGCGGGCACGAUCUGAAACUGCAAGUGAAUUGCAGCGCCUAUUUACGCAUGAAAUGAUACAAACGACCACGAUUUCCCAACAAACGUCUGAAGAAACCGCCUGGUUUGUCGAAGGACUACCGGCCUAUCUAAGCGCCUUUUUACCAUAUCGAUACGGUCUCGUAGAAGAAGACUACGUCCUGACCGAAAUCAACAAGACUCUUUCCAAAUACUACUCAAAUCCCAAGGCGCGCUUUUCUCUCGACGAGGCGCUCCGCGCUACAUAUACAGACUGGUACCUCAGCGUUCUUAUUUAUAGCCGCGGUUUUACAUAUCUACUGCUGCUAGAUUUCCGCCUUCGUGCAUUAUCCGAAACAUACGGUGUUAUGACACAGAGUCCGCUCGAAGACAUUGCCAUUGAGAUGCUUACGCGCCGGCGCGAACGGCAGCCGUUCAACAUGGAGGUCUGGUUCCGCGCGCUACAACGGUGGGCCGGCGAACGCAUCGACUAUAGAAAGGAAUGGGAGUAUUUUCACGCCGGUUCACUUAUUGACCUUACAAGCGCGUGGCUGUUUUCGCCUCAUAACCCAAUUGUACGCCGAGACUUGCCGGUUUUGGUGAUUGGCAUUGAUAUACUCCCCCGCGAGGGCGCACAGUAUAUUUCCGGUAUCACACGAGGCAGCCAGGCUGAAUUAUCUGGCAUCGAGCGCGGAGACCGCAUCAUCGGCCUUCAACGAGCCGACGUAUGUGCCGAUUUACCUGACGAGCCGUUCUGGGCCGUGGUAGACCGCGGCGGAAAGUUCAAGAAGAUCCAAUGGCAGCCACGCAGCGCGACAAAAGUCCCAGCGUGGACGGUGGAGAGUUUCCAAAAUUGAAUUUGACUAAUUGAAUCCCCAAAAACAUAUAUCUUUAGAGGGGCAUGACUGCAUUUUUAUCGCGAGUUUUCAGCUGAUGCGCUUACGUCGCCACGCACUUUUCUGGCAUCAUCAUCCUCAUUUCAUUUACAUAGCUCUGCUUUAAAAAAAUAUACCAAAUCUUUUAACUCACCAUC